AACUGGCGGCUGGUGACGUCAUCCCGCCGCUUUCACAGGUGUUCACUGUUUCUGCUGCGUCUGAAUGGGGCAGAAACGUUACUCCGCGCUUCAACACGUGAAGCCACGGACGCCUCCAGCCGCGGAGGAAGAGGCGCGUGGAGCGAGCGGAUGGGACCCGGCGCGGCUGCAGCCACAGCCGCUCCACGCUUCUUUACAGGACUCGUCGUGCGCUGAGGUGGAGUCUGACUCCACCUGCGCCGCACCUGGAGAGGAGGCGGAUCCGUGGGCGGUGAAGGCGCCGCAGCCGCAGACGCGUCGGAGGCGGAGCUCCUCCGCUGACGCGGUCCGCGCGCACUGUCCCAGCAUCCGCCGCCGCAGUCAGCCGCCGCUCCGCCGCCGCUCCGCCGCCGCUCUUUGGUGGACGCAGGUUCCCGUCUCUUUCCCACAUGGGGUCGUUCGUGCCGGCUGCCGCGCUGCUCGUCUGUCCGUGCUGCGGUCCGCGUCCGUGCGCGGCGGCGAGGAUCCAGCAGCUCAACCAGCGACCGAUCAUCGGUGUGUUGGCGCAGGAGAACCUCCCAGGAGAUCAGUUUGCUCGUGGCUCGUCCUACAUCGCUGCCUCCUAUGUCAAGUACCUGGAGGCGGCCGGGGCCAGAGUCGUUCCCAUCAGAAUCAAUCGGACAGAAGAAGAAUAUGCCAAAAUAUUCUCCUCCAUAAACGGGUUGCUGCUUCCGGGAGGAGACGUCGAUAUCCAAACAUCAGAGUUCACUCGAGCCGCCAGGAUCUUUUACAACUUAGCUCUGAAGGCCAACGAUGCUGGGGACUACUUCCCCGUGUGGGGAACCUGCCAGGGCUUCCAGCAGCUGUCGGUCCUCACCUGCAACAAGAACCUGCUCACCCUCACCGACACCAGGGCCGUGGCUCUGCCUCUCACUCUGACUCCAGCGGCCCAGUCCAGUCGGCUGUUCCGGAGUUUUCCCAAAGACCUGCUUCAGAGUCUUGCUGAAGAAAACAUUACUUCCAACUUCCACAAGUGGAGUCUGUCCACUCAGAACUACAGCCGGAAUGCCAAGCUGAAGAGGUUUUACAAGGUGCUUUCCACUAACACUGACGGGAAGAAAGAAUUCAUCUCCACCAUGGAAGCCUACCGGUACCCAUUUUACGCCGUACAGUGGCAUCCAGAGAAAAGCCCCUUUGAGUGGAUCGACAAACCGGGGAUGGUUCACUCCACCACUGCUGUGAGGGUCUGCUUCUCCACGGCCAGCUUCUUCGUCUCAGAAGCCAUGAAGAGCCACCACCGCUUCCCCAGCCCCACCGACGAGGACAGAGCUCUCAUCUACAACUUCUGUCCCGUCUACAGAGGCACAGAUUCUGUCUUUGUACAGAACUAUUACUUUGACUGAUGGACUGUAAAACACACGGGACUUCUCAAGUAUCAUGUCAUUAAGUCACACUUUGUUUCAAUUGUUUUUUUACUCAUGAUUCACAAAAUGCAGAAGUGCUUCAGACCAUCACUAAGAAAAAUAAAAGAGAAUGAAAGAAAAACUGAUUUAGGAAAACCGAAAGUAACAAAUGAUAAGUUAAAGCAUAAGGUCACUUAGUUCCCUCUAGACAAAUGUUUCAGUGAUGACAGCGUCUCCCGCUGUAGUAAAGCUACCAACAGCUUACAGUAUAACAGUGACCAAUGGAGCAGCUACUCAAUUAGCUGCUGCUUCCAUUAUGUUGAGCCAUUAGUCUCCAGCCACAACCGCUAACAUUACACAGGAACACGGUUCUUACGGCUGUUAUUAGUAUGUGGCCAUUUAGUUUUAAGAGUUUUUAUUGGUCAGUCCUGUAAAGCUGGAGGAACUUUUAUCCACAUGAUUGUAUGGGUAACUCUUUGGGUCUUUAGGGGUUUUUAUUCCUGAACAGAAUGUUGCUAAUCUUGUAGCAGCUGCUGGGUGGUGGCAGACGCUGGGAACGGGACGGCAGCUUAACCUGAAUGUUGGGGUCACGUUAGAAGCUCAAGGGUUGCUCUUUCCUCUGAAUCUAGUUUACCAAACCAAUAAAGACCUGCUGCUCUCUACAGACAA